UUGGUCAGUGCCUUCCUGGUGCAGUAGGCGACUCGUGAUUGGCCGAGCGACGUGUCCGUCACGUCUGUGGCGCAGACAGAAAGAAGCAGAAGUCGACCAGCAGCCGGCAGGAUGGGCUCCAGCAGCUCCAACAUGAACAACAUCCCAGACGGCCAGCAGCUCCUGCAGGAGACGGGAUUCUCUGCUGCUCACAUCGUCCGUCUGUACGAGAGGUUUGAGUUUCUGGACAAAGACAACACGGGACAUCUCAGGCCGGAGGAUCUCGAGACGGUUCCAGACUUGGACAAGAACCCAAUCGGAGCCAGAAUCAUCGGCGCCUUCUUCCCUCCCGGAAAGGAAACGCUGGACUUUGGCUCCUUCGUUCGGAUUCUGGCUCAUUUUCGUCCAGCGGACUCCAACCGAGCCAGAGACGGAGCCCAGCAGGAGCCGGCCAACAGCACCACAGGCAAACUGAGAUUUGCUUUCCAGCUGUACGAUCAGGACGGAGACGGAAAGAUUUCCCGAGACGAGCUGCUUCAGGUGUUGCGGUCGAUGUUGGGCCUGCAGGUGACGGAGGAGCAGCUGCAGUGCAUCGCUGAGCGAGCCAUCCAGGAGGCCGACGCCGACAAAGACGACGCCAUCUCCUUCGACGAGUUCAGGAAGUCACUGGAGAAAGUGGAUAUUGAUCACAAGAUGAGUAUUAGCUUUCUGAGAUGAGGACUCGAACCUUCAAGAGGAGACGAUGAUGGAAAUGAUGUUCUCACCGAGGACAGAAGACAGACGCCACGGAGGAAAAAGACUUAAAAAAACUAAACAAACCUUUCAGACUCCAUCCCAAGAGACUUCCUAAGAUGGCCGCCGUUUGAUUGACAGCUCAUUUGAGCAGAUAUGUGCCUCUAUGCCCGCCCUCUCCUCCUCCUCCUCUCUCCUGAGCCUCUAACACACCAGCCUCCAGAUGAUUGACAAGUCAUGUAGCCAAUCAGACUUAAAAUCCACCAAUACAAAGUUUAUAUCAGUUUUAAAGCCUCAGCUCUUGUUUGUAACUAUUUUAUCUGCACAAAGUUAGUGUGAAGAAGGAAAUAAAGAAUUAUAUACAGUCUAAUGCUCCUGUUACUCUCUAUU